AUGGGCAACUUCAGGAUCAAUGCCUCAGAUAUUCCCAGCUUUAUUCUGACGGGCUUCCCAGGAAUGGAAGACAUGGAGCCCUGGCUCUCCCUGCCUCUCCUUCUACUUUAUGCCAUCUCCAUUGUGGGCAACACCUUGAUUCUCCUCAUUGUCAAGGAGGAGCAGAGCUUGCACCAGCCCAUGUACUACUUCUUGUCCCUACUCUCAGUCAAUGACUUGGGUGUGUCUUUCUCCACAUUGCCCACUGUGUUGGCUGCUCUCUGCUUCCAUGCUCGAGUGAUCACCUUUAAUUCCUGCUUGACCCAAAUGUUCUUCAUCCACCUCUUUUCAUGGACAGAGUCUGGCAUCCUUUUGGCUAUGAGCUUUGAUCGCUAUGUAGCCAUCUGUAACCCAUUGCGCUAUGCUGCAGUACUCACCAAUACCCGUAUUGUGAUCAUAGGCCUGAGCACUCUCCUCCGCAGCUUUGCUCUCAUCUUGGUCUUCCCGCUGCUGUUGCACAGACUGCCCUUCUGCCACCCUAAAAACCUUCUCUCCCAUGCCUACUGCCUUCAUGUGGAUAUGAUUAAAUUGGCGUGUACUGAUGUCUCCCUUAAUAGUCACUAUGGAUUGUCCAUUGUGUUAUUUACUUUUGGCCUGGAUUCUACACUCAUCCUUGUCUCUUAUGUACUCAUUCUGCGAUCAGUGCUAGCUAUCGCCUCUCGAGAAAAGCGCCUCAAGACCCUCAACACAUGUGUGUCCCACAUCUUAGCUGUGCUUAUCUUCUAUGUACCAAUGGUUAGUGUGUCUAUUGUACAUCGCUUUGGUGCUGGCCUGCCCCAUGCUGUUCAUAUCUUCAUGUCUAUUCUUUACCUUUUUGUGCCUCCCAUGUUAAAUCCUAUUAUUUAUUCCAUUAAGACCAAGGAGAUACGACGUAGGCUACUUAAGAUGCUCUUCAGGGUCAAGUUCUGA